CCCGCCGCGCCCCGCCGCCGCCCGCCACCAUGUACCUGCGCCCGGAGGCUGCCAGCGCAGGGACCCCCUCCCGUGACGUGCUCCUGGUCUCAGCCAUCAUCACCGUCAGCCUUAGCGUCACCAUCGUCCUCUGCGGGAUCUGCCAGUGGUGCCAGCGGAAAAUGGGAAAGCGUUACAAGACUUCCCUGGAGACCGUGGGAACUCCGGAUUCCAGCCGAGGCCGCAGCGAAAAGAAAACCAUCAACGAUCUAGACAGAGACUUUUGGAAUAACAAUGACAACACAGUGCAGCAGAAAUGGAGCUCCUACCCUCCCAAGGAGUUUAUCCUAAACAUUUCUCCUUACGCUCCCUACGGUGACCCGCGCCUUUCCCUCAAUGGCUCUCUGUUAUCAGGGGCCAAGCUGACGGCGUCGGCCGCCGCCGGGCUGUCCGGGGACCGCGACGGCCGGCCCGGGGACAAGCAGCGGCUCGGCGAGGAUGGAAUGAGGAGCAGCGUGUCGGCCCACAGCGAGCCCGGAGCGGGAAAGGCGGCACGGGGCCGCUGGCACACGGUGCAGAGCCACUUGGCCGCAGGGAAGCUCAGCCUGUCCAAUUUCGAGGACUCCACCCUGUCCACAGCCACUACCCUUGAGUAUAUCCCCACCUCAGCAGGCGAUCCCAAAUUCCAGAGGCCCCGCACGCUCGUGCGCCAGCAAAGUCUGCAGCAGCCCCUGAGCCAGCACCAGCGCGCCAACCACAGCCAGCCCACCACCAGCCAGAGCCUGGGCCACCUCCAGGCCCACAGCGGCUCCUCCGCCGCCGCCGCCAGCUCCCGGGGAUCCCGCGGCGGCCCGGCGCGUCAGGGCACCGCCGCCGGCUCCAAGCAACGGAUGGCCGGGGGCAGGAGCCGCUCCAACCCCGGCAGCUGGGACCACGUGGUGGGGCAAAUCCGCAACCGCGGCUUGGACAUGAAGUCCUUCCUGGAAGGCCGGAUGGUGGUGCUAUCCCUGGUUUUGGGACUCUCAGAGCAAGAUGACUUUGCCAAUAUUCCCGACCUGCAACCCGCUGGGACGCAGCCGAACCAGGCGAACGCUCAGGGGGACAAGAGGUUGCCGGCCGGUGGGAAGGCUGGGAACGCGGCACCGGCGCCGGGGCAGCCGCCGCACGACGAGUCCGACCGCAAGACGGAGCCGCACUCCUCCGUCUCCGACCUGGUCAACUCCCUGACCAGCGAGAUGCUCAUGCUCUCCCCAGGCUCCGAGGAUGACGAGGGCCACGAAGGCGUCAGCCGGGAGAACCUGGGCCGCAUCCAGUUCAGCGUCGGCUACAACUUCCAGGAGUCCACCCUGACCGUGAAGAUCAUGAAGGCGCAGGAGCUGCCGGCCAAGGACUUCAGCGGCACCAGCGACCCCUUCGUCAAGAUCUACCUGCUGCCGGACAAGAAGCACAAGCUGGAGACCAAGGUCAAGAGGAAGAACCUCAACCCGCACUGGAAUGAGACCUUCCUCUUCGAAGGGUUCCCCUACGAGAAGGUGGUGCAGCGGGUGCUGUACCUCCAAGUCCUGGACUACGACCGCUUCAGCCGCAAUGAUCCCAUCGGAGAGGUGUCCAUCCCGCUCAACAAGGUGGACCUGACCCAGAUGCAGACCUUCUGGAAGGACCUGAAGCCCUGCAGCGAUGGCAGUGGAAGCCGCGGGGAGCUGCUGCUCUCGCUGUGCUACAACCCCUCGGCCAAUUCCAUCGUGGUCAACAUCAUCAAGGCGCGGAACCUCAAAGCCAUGGACAUCGGGGGCACCUCAGAUCCCUACGUGAAGGUGUGGCUGAUGUACAAGGACAAGCGGGUGGAAAAGAAGAAGACGGUGGUGAUGAAGCGGUGCCUGAACCCCGUCUUCAACGAGUCCUUCGCCUUCGACAUCCCCACGGAGCGGCUGCGCGAGACCACCAUCGUCAUCACCGUCAUGGACAAGGACAGGCUGAGCCGCAACGACGUCAUCGGCAAGAUUUACCUGUCCUGGAAGAGCGGUCCCGGCGAGGUGAAGCACUGGAAGGACAUGAUCGCCCGCCCGCGGCAGGCGGUGGCACAGUGGCACCAGCUGAAGGCCUGAGCGCCCCCGGACCGCGGGCUCCCCUUUCCCAGCUCC